UUUGAAGAUGUCGGGCACAGUAAGCCACAGACAAGAAAAUUCAGCGUUGUUGGUUUUCUCUGCAGUUAGCUUGGGACUAUUAACCAUUCUCAGUGUGUGGAAGUUAAAACAGUUCAAAUAUGGACUUAUAAAUGAAACUGGAUGUGCAAUGUUUUAUGGUAUGGUUCUGGGGUUAACAGUGAGAUGCUUGUCAUUUGGAGGAGUGCAUAUGGGGAAUAUGGAGAGUGUGUGCAGUUGUGGCGCUCUAAACGGCACUCCUCACAUCUUGAUGGUCAAUAUCACAUCACACGGGCACUGUUACAGGCAUGUUGGAAAACAAAACCAAAGAUGCUCACUGCUCUCAACCCCUCAUAUGGGGACCUUUGAUCCUGAGGUCCUUUUCAAUCUGUUCCUGCCACCCAUCAUCUUCCAUGGAGCUUACACCCUUAAUCAGAAACGAUUUUUUGAAAAUAUGGGAUCUGUUCUGACCUUUGCUUUCUUGGGUACCAUAAUCAGCUGUAUGACCAUAGGGGCCUGCAUCUACGGCUUCACCAGACUGAUGGUACUGUCGAAUCAACCGGCAGAUGGAGACUUUCUCCUCACUGAUUGCCUCCUGUUUGGUGCCAUUAUGUCAGCCACUGACCCAGUUUCAGUGCUUGGCCUGUUGUCGGAGCUGCGUGUGGACCUGGAUCUGCAUACCCUGUUGUUUGGUGAGAGCGUCCUGAAUGACGCUGUGGCUAUCGUGCUGACAAAUGCCAUCACCACCUACAGCCAGAUGGGUGCAGGACACACCUUCAACCCCCCUGCCUUUCUCCACACUGUUGGUUAUUUUCUCGGAGUGCUUGCCGGUUCCUUCCUCUUGGGUUUCACAUUCACAGUCAUAACAGCCCUCCUCACCAAGUUCACGCAACUGCAUGAGAGCCCACUGCUGGAAACAUCAGUCUUUUUCCUUCUGUCCUUUAGCAGCUUCCUCUCAGCUGAAGCCUGUGGACUUUCAGGUAUUGUGGCAAUGCUGUUUUGUGGCUUGAGCCAGGCGAGGUACACAAUUCAUAAUUUGUCCUCUGAAGGCAGGACCCGCACCAAGCAGCUCUUUGAAGUCUUCAACUUCCUGGGGGAGAUUUUCAUCUUCAGCUACAUGGGAUAUGUAUUGUUGAUGUUUCCUCACCAUGUCUUCAAAGCCCUCUUCAUUUCUGGGGCAUUUCUCUCCAUCUUUAUUUCAAGAGCAUGCAACAUCUACCCUUUAUCUUUCCUGCUCAACCUGGGCCGUACAAACAAGAUACCUUGCACCUUCCAGCACUUCAUGACGUUUGCAGGUUUGAGGGGGGCUGUGGCGUUGAGCCUGGCUGUAAGAGACACUUCCACAGAGGUGAGGCGCACCAUCCUCACCACCACUCUGCUUCUGGUCACCUUCACCAUCUUGGUGCUGGGUACGGCUGCUGAUCCCAUGCUGCGCUGUCUGGACAUCAGAGUGGGGAUGGAUGCAGAUGAAAAUCCUGAGGAGGACCGUUGUUUUGAGGUUGCUACAGGGAGGCCAGACACAACACCAGGCCUGUGGUACCGUCUGGACUACAAAUAUGUAAAACCGGUGCUAACACAUUAUGGCCCUCCACUGACCAUCUCACUGCCACAGUGGUGUGGAGUAUUUGCCAGACUCUUUGGCAGCCCACAUAUCCAAGAGAAUGAAGAGCAACUGUGUGAGACUGAGCCAGGUGAAUCCACCUUCAGUGGGGAGAAAGCAGAGAACCAGCUUGUAUCAAUAGGAGGCGACUCUGGAUCCGAGCACCAGGAGGACCUAGUGGAGGGAGACCUGGGCCUUGGCACUACUCCAGCUCUCACCAGGGAGGCCUGAAACUCCAGGAGUCACCACUAACCCUCUAAGUUUUAUCAGCACCUGCCUCCCUGAGGCUAAGGCCCUACUUCUUACAGUGAAUGGGGUCACUGUGAAGGGCAUUUGAGAGGAGCCGACCGGGAAUUGGAGUUACAAUGGCUCACAAAAGGUCAUGCACCCCCCUGUGCUUACAUGCAUGCAAAGGCACAAACACAGGGAGUAAAAACAUUUACAAAGGCCAUUGCACUUUCUGUUACUCUGCUGAUGAUUGUCUUGGCUUGUCUUUCUCCAGUUUCAAGGAAUUUAAUAGCUGAAAUAGAAAUGUUAAGCCCAUAUAAUUUAAGUGCCUACUGUCUAAACACAGCCAGCAUGAAGCAGAAUUUGACCUAU